GCCCCAUUGGCUAGCUGGCUCGGCCGGGAAUCCUGAUUGGCCAAAGUUCCUGAGGCGACAGAUUCCGGAAAGGGGACGAGCAGCCAAUAUGGCGGCGGAGCGCAACGCGGGGCAGCAGCAGUCGCAGGAGAUGAUGGAGGUUGACAGGCGGGUUGAAUCUGAAGAAUCGGGUGAUGAGGAAGGGAAGAAGCAUGGGAGUGGCAUCGUGGCAGACCUCAGUGCACAGAGCCUGAAGGAUGGAGUGGAGCGGGGAGAAGAGGAUCCAGAAGAGGAACAUGAGCUAGCUGUGGAUAUGGAAACCAUUAGCCUGGACCGAGAUGCAGAGGAUGUUGAUCUGAACCACUAUCGAAUUGGCAAGAUUGAAGGCUUCGAGGUACUGAAGAAAGUGAAGACACUCUGCCUCCGGCAAAACUUGAUUAAAUGCAUUGAGAACCUGGAGGAACUUCAGGGUCUGCGUGAGCUGGAUCUCUAUGACAAUCAAAUCAAGAAAAUUGAGAAUUUGGAAGCACUUACAGAAUUGGAGAUUCUAGAUAUUUCUUUUAAUCUGCUGAGGAACAUUGAAGGGAUUGACAAAUUGACGCGGCUGAAAAAACUCUUCUUGGUCAAUAAUAAAAUCAGUAAAAUUGAAAACCUAAGCAGCUUACAUCAACUGCAAAUGCUGGAGCUGGGAUCUAACCGCAUCCGGGCAAUUGAAAAUAUUGACACAUUAACCAACCUGGAGAGUCUGUUUCUGGGGAAAAACAAAAUUACAAAACUUCAGAACCUGGAUGCUCUUACCAACCUGACAGUCCUCAGUAUGCAGAGUAACCGGCUGACAAAGAUCGAGGGUCUGCAGAGCCUGGUGAACCUGCGGGAACUGUAUCUCAGCCACAAUGGCAUCGAGGUCAUUGAGGGCCUGGAGAACAAUAACAAACUCACCAUGUUGGACAUUGCAUCAAAUAGAAUCAAAAAGAUUGAAAAUAUCAGCCAUCUAACAGAACUACAAGAAUUCUGGAUGAAUGACAAUCUCCUAGAGAGCUGGAGUGACCUUGAUGAGCUGAAAAGUGCCAGGAACCUGGAAACAGUAUACCUGGAGCGCAAUCCCCUGCAAAAGGACCCACAGUACCGACGCAAGGUCAUGCUGGCCCUCCCCUCUGUGCGGCAGAUUGAUGCCACGUUCGUCAGGUUCUAAAUCCUUGCUCUUCACCUGGUCCCUCUCCUGGAAAGAACUUCCCAGCCACGGUUUUUUAAUCCACCUAUUGCUCCUGAAGUCAUCACUAUAGCAACAGUCACAACCCAAUGGCAAUAACAAGGCACUGGCGGUAGCUGGCAUGUGAUGCUGCACACCACUUGGAGAUGCCAACACUAUUAAAUCUUGCCACGUGGUCUUCCUGGUAAAUGGUGACAGUUAUUGUAACCAUGGAGAGCAUGCAGGACAUGUUGCUUCCAUUCAUUCUUCAUGUCUGUUUUUUUCCCCAUUGGGAAUUCUGGACUAUCCAGCAGGCCCUCAGGUCAGUUUCAGGGUUAAAGCAGUCACUAACCCACAACAGCACACUUUUGAGUCUUUCAGACCAAUUAAUGCCAAUUUGGGGGGAAAUUUUAGAUAUAUUUUUUAAAAACAAGUAAAAGAUGGUCCAUUCCCAGAUGCUGUGGUCGUCAGACCCAAGUGAUGACUGAGCACACCAGGAAUUAUGUCAGCUUCCACAUGUAUUCCUCAGCCAUCGCUUCUGCCUCAGAUGGAGCCUGUUCCUAGUUGUGGGUGAAGGCUGAUGUGUGGAGAGGCGCAUCCCACAUCUCCCAACUAUGCUGAACCUAAGUGAGUCUCAGAGAAUAGAGGUGUGUCAGCUCUUGUUCACUUGUCACGUGGCCUCCCAUUCCCAUUAUCCUUUGGCCUUAUUUGUAUAUGAAAUUUACAUUUGUGGUCACUUGGGCUGGAAUUUACUGCUACAAGGCCAUUGUCAUCUCUCAGAGCCUCAGAGUUCCUCUUUUGCAGAAUGAGGACUGAACUUUAUGGUCACCAAAGUCCCCUCUGCUUCCAGGUAUCUGGAGCUGCACUGUUCAGAGCAAGGCCACCUGCUGCUACACGUGGCAAUUUCAGUUCCAUUUUAAACUCUUUGAACUAAAAAUUCAGCUCUGCGGCUUGCACUCCUCACACUCAUGUCCUGAAGCCAUCAUCAUAGAAGGUUCUGGAUAUCACUGCUCUAGACUCUUCAGUGUCACUGGGACAGUCUGUCUUGGGAGCUGGGAUGCAUGGUCAACUAUCAGGGAAUUUGUGAUGUCACAAUGGUUGACCUAGGUUUUAAUAUCCAUUGCCUCAUUCUGCCUCAUUCUAAUCCUCACCAGAAUAAAUUGUGUGAUCUGA